AAAACCUUUUACAAAAAGGCACUUUGUUCCCCUUUUUUUUCUUUUUCUUUUUUUCUAUCGAGAAAUCACUCAAAGAUGUUAAAGCAAUUUAAACCGACAUCUUGGGCGGCUAUUAACAACGCACCUCUUCCUGCAGAAGGUGCUGGUAACCAAACCUUUGAUAAUCGUAUCUUGAUCGGUGUCACUGUGGGUAUUCCUGCUUUCCUUACUUAUGCUUUGGGCUUCUCUCUCUGGGUUUUCCCUGUUAUUACUCUCCUCUUGUUCCUUCCUCUUUUGGCCUGUACUCUCUAUCUCUUUUCUCGUUUUGCUCCUCGUUACAGAAACUAUAUCCCUCUUCCUGGUAAGCCUAUUGAACAUUACUUGACUUUCCAUGAUCCUGAACUCAAGGCCAAGUAUCACGGUCGCAACAAGAUUCCCAUGGAAACCUUCUUUGAGGCUUAUUUUGUUGGUAAGGUAGACUUUAACGGUGAUGCUUUGGAAAUCAUGGAACUUCGUCACGACUGGGCUGCUUUCCAAUUUACUUUGGGUCAAUUCAAGUUCUUCUUGACCCAAUGGCUCCCUGAAACUUUCUGGCACUCUCGUGAACAAGAUGAAAACCAAGUUCGUGAUCACUAUGAUCGUGGUAAUGAUUUCUAUGAAGCCUUUUUGGGUCCUCUUAUGGUCUACACUUCUGGUAUUAUCAGUGAUCCUACCAAGAAGGAGACCCUUGAAGAAAUGCAAGAAAACAAGAUGAAGCUUAUUUGUGAAAAGUUACACAUGAAGGAAGGUGAUAAGCAUUUGGAUAUUGGUUGUGGUUGGGGUACUUUGGUUGCCUAUGCCUCUAAGGAAUACAACACUCAAUCUACUGGUGUCACUCUUGCUCGCAAUCAAGUUGCUUUCGGUGAAAAACGUAUUGAAGACUGGGGUGUCAAGGACAAGGCUAAUCUUCUCUGCAUGGAUUACCGUGAUAUUCCAAAGCACCAAAAGUAUGACAAAAUUACUGCUGUUGAAAUGGCUGAACAUGUUGGUAUUCGUCGUUUCCAAACUUUCCUUACUGAAGUUCGUGAACUCUUGGAAGAUGAUGGUUUGUUUUACAUGCAAGUUGCUGGCUUAAGAGCUACAUGGCAGUACGAAGAUUUCAUUUGGGGUCUCUUUAUGGCUAAAUACAUUUUCCCCGGUGCUGAUGCUUCUACACCUUUGUACUGGUACCUUAGACAACUUGAAAUGGCUGGUUUCGAAAUCCACAAUGUAGAUACUGUUGGUGUCCACUACUCAGCCACACUCAACAGAUGGUAUGAUAACUGGUUAAAGAACAAGGAUGCCAUGAGAGCCAAGUAUGGUGAUAACUUGGUCCGUGUCUGGGAAAUCUUCCUUUCUUGGUCUACCAUUGUUGCCCGUCAAGGUGGUGCCACUUGCUUCCAAAUUGUUGCCAACAAGAACCGCAACUCUUUUGAUAGAGCUCAAUUGAUCUGCAACCGUACUAACCCUGCUGCUUGGACUAGCAAGCGUGGUUAAUUGUAUAGAAAAAAAAUCUCUCUUGUACAAAAAUAAAUAAAUAAAUAAAAAAGUUUAUUUUCUUUCA